AUACGUUUUCAAGAAGUAAGGCGGAAGUAAAAUAUGAAUAUAUAAAUGUGAGAGCAGAUUCAAAUCUGUUCAGGGGUUCUCCCCGUGUCACCUGUCUGGAGUUUCCUCAUGGAAAAAGUUUCUGUGUCUCUAGUACAUUUUCGCGGGAGUAAAUCGUGGCAACAUCUUCUCUGGAUUUUGCGUACACAAGACCUUGUGUCCAUGGCCAGACUUGACAACGGAUGGCUUCUCUCCAUCUUUUUGGUCAUCGUGCCAAACACGAAGGGCUAUUUAGCCCAGCAAGGGGGUCCGCCUCCCCCAACUCGUCUCGAGUGCUGUAUUCCCUAUGAGGAGGAUAGCGGCGUGAUGGUGCGGUCACCCAUCCAGUGCGUAUGGGACCCAGGGCCUCCCUCCAAGACCCCCUCCAUCUACACCUUACACUUGGAGUCUGCUGACAACAGUGUGCAAAAGUUCAAUGGGAGUAGUACAAAUGCGCAUAUUCCACCGACGCUGGUGUCCAGCCACAGUGAGCUGACUGUGUGGGUUGAGGCCAAGAACCAGCACGGUUCUGCCUCCUCUCCAAGGUCCACCUUCAACACAGCCAAGAUCAUGAAAUCAGCUACCCCCAACAUCACUCAGCACACCCUGGCGCCUCUGGAGAUAUACUGGGAGUCAAAGUGUUCAAAGCAGGGUCUCUCUGAGGGCGAAUGCAAGGUCCGCCACCGAGUGUUCCCAGGUGUAAGCUGGGCAGAGGUAGAGGAGGGAUUCCAGGUCGUCUACUGCUUAGAAAAUGUCCUUCCAUAUUCAUGGUAUGAGUUCCAAGUACGCUGUUCGUGUCUUGGGAGCUCACUGAGUGACUGGAGCAAAGUGUAUAAGGUGGAGAGCCCAGGAGCAGCUCCUGUUGGUAUGCUGGACGUAUGGAGUGAUUGCCAAUUAUCACCUCAAAGCGCUGAGUGCGCGCUCAUGUGGAAGACGCCUCCAGGGUGGAAUGCUGGAAGUGAAAUCCUGGGUUAUGUGGUAACGUUGUCUCGUUUGAACGGCACGGUUACCCUGGUGAACGCAUCCACGGUUGACAAGGCAAGCGACCAGUUGACCUGUGACAAGAAGCUGUGCCACCUUAUGGCCAAAAAUGUGACAGCUGUGAAUGUAUCAGCCUACACUGCAUAUGGGGCCACAACACCUGCUUGUCUUCGUAUACCUCUGACAGCACAAUGUAACAGAGGGGAAGCUCUUCAGCUAAGUAUGAGCGCCGAAAGACUUUUAGUGUCUUGGAAUCCCCCUACUGGAUUCAUAAACAACCAAUCGAAAUAUGUGGUGCAGUAUAAGCAGGCUGGACUCCUGAAAACUCCUGCCAAAGGCUUCGAUUGGAUCAGACUGGACAGGACCCAGAUUAAUGCCACCCUGACAGGCCAGUUUGAGAAUUACACCGCCUACCAAGUGGCAUUGUUCUUGGUAUCUCCCUUCGGAGCCAGUGAUCACAUUUCAUCUGCAGUUGGAUAUGUUCAUCAAGGAAUCCCUCCCAAAGUGCCCUCCUUUGAAGUGGUUAAAGUCAAGGCCAACAGUGUGAAUGUGAUUUGGAAGCCAAUUCUCCUUCCUCAGAGAAGAGGGGUGAUUGUAUGCUAUCAAAUAGGAUUGGACAGCCAAAGAGUGCAUAAUUUGAGUGAGCAUCAAGGUGAUAAAGACGGGAGCUUUUGGUUGGAUUACCUCAACCCUAGCCAAAACUAUGAGGUUUGGAUCAGGGCCAUCACUGUGGCUGGGCCAGGACCAAAGUCCACAGCAACAUUCAAAACAGAGGGCUUUGGUACGGUACCGGUUACUGACACCUCUUGACGGACGAUAAAGUUAUUACAAGUUAAAAAGUGGUGCCUAAAACAUUUUUCUGACAAUGUGUGUUUUGAUGCAUUAUGCCCUUGCUUUAAAAAAAUAAAUAAAUAAUACUUUUAGUUACUGUAUGUUCAGUUUUUUGGCCUUAACUAAGGGAUUCAUCUUGGUUUACAAAAAAUAUCAUUUAUCAAUCUGAAUGUACAAUCGGGUCAUAUCUAAUGUAUUCUUUAUUUGUUUCAUCAUUUGUUUCAUUCCCCGCACAGAUUUCAACCUUUUCAACCUGUUUUUCCUGGUUAUAUUUUUUGCAUUCAUACCUUUCCUCUUGAUAAGGAAAUAUUCCUGGGUAAUUAAGGAAUGCAUUGGUUUUAAGAAAGUGCCUGACCCAAGCAACAGCCAUGUUUUUCAAAAGAUGAACAACCAGAUCAACUUUUGCAUCCCUGUGGAAGAGCCUGACCCUGUGCUGUCGCACCUGGAGAUCAUUAAAUACAAGUUGGCCGGAGGAAAGAUUGGACACCGAGGAUCACAGGGGGCCAUUGGGGGUCUGAUGGACCAGGGGGAAUUGGCAGGCGAAGGGAACACUGCUUCUAGAGAGGACUGCUACAGCAAAAUGACAGACUCGGACGAGGACAGAGACGAUAGGCCUUCGGAUUAUGAGAAGCACUUCCUUCCCACUGCUAUUGAAAUUAUGUGUCUUUGAUGGUAAUGCGAUGGUUUGGUGUUGUCAAUAACGGCACAAUGUAUUUUUUGACUUUUUACUCACUGUUAAAUAUUUCUGGAUUAAAUUGUUUUAUUUUUC